AUGGCUAAUAAAAUUAAAGAUGCUGCUAAAAAGUUUCUGUUAUUAGGUCAGUGUGUACCUACAGUUAAACAAAAUGCAACUAAAAUACGGGUUAAGAGGUUAGAAUUAGAUGAAAAUUUACUAAUGUAUUUCAAAAAGGAUGAUUUCUACUACUGUUACGACCCAAAUAAAAUGUGUAAAACUGGUGAUAUCGUUUUAAUUAAAGCUCUUCCUCAGAAAAUGACUAAAUUAAUAACACAUGCAGUGGAAGAGGUAGUAUAUCCAUUUGGGGAUGUAACUGAUCCAGUCACAGGCAAAAAAGUAGCCAAAGAAAGAUACCGUGAAGAUGUUGAUCGACAGUCUGAACUUUACGGGAAGUUAGAUUCUGGCUUUGAUUAUAAAAAGGCACCUCCAAGAGGUUGGCAAGAAGGAAAGAAAGAUUUCACAUCAAAACCUACAUAUACAAGGUUUCAUGUUUUUGAUGAAAAUGAUCCAUAUUCCAUUUAA